ACAACAACAACAACAAAAACACCUGGAAAAACAACCGAUAUCGUUUUUUUAAAUGGUAAUCAUCAUUAUUAUCAUCAAAAUAAUGUUGCUGAUGGUGAUGUUGAUGGUGGUAUAGGAACUACUUUGACAACUUCAAAAUUCAUCAUUAAUAACGAUCAGGAUCAGGAUCGUCAUCUUCAAAAUCUGGAUCAUCAUCAAAGAAAUGAUUACGAUACUGGUGGUGGCAGUGGUGAUGAAGAUGAAUUUUUGUUCGAUCGUACAGCACCAGAUACAUCAGCAGGUUUUUUUGCAAAAGCAUUAGAUAAUGUUGUACGAUUUUUACCAACAAUGCGUAUACGUGAACGACAAAAUCCUGGUUGUGUUGGUGGUACUAAAUGUCAAUUUUUUGUAUUCUGUUGGAUGUCUGGUGGUUCAUUAGGUGCAUCAUGUGGCCCAUUACAUACUUGUUGUGUAACACCAAGUAGUCAGGAUAUACAACCAAAAUAUUGGGGACCUGUUAUUAAUGAUCCACAAUGCGGAAAAUCAGCAACAAGAAUUAGUCGUAUUGUUGGUGGAUCGGAUGCAUCGUUUGGACAAUUUCCUUGGCAGGCAUUCGUACAAGUUGGUGGUAGCCGGUGUGGUGGUGCAUUAGUUGGACCAGCUCAUGUUGUCACUGCUGGACAUUGUGUUGCAAGGUCACAACAUAAUCCAUCAAGUAUACGUGUUACAUUAGGUGAUUAUAUACUACAUUCUGAAAUUGAAAGUCUACCACAUGAAGUAUUUACUGUUAGUGAAGUAAAAUUACAUCCAAAUUUUCGUUUUACACCACAAGCUGAUCGUUAUGAUGUAGCUGUAUUAGUUUUGGAUCGUUCCGUACAAUAUCGUGAAAAUAUUAUGCCAAUUUGUUUACCACCAAAAGAUACUAUUUAUAUUGGCCGUAUGUCAUAUGUUGCCGGAUGGGGUGCAUUACAAGCAGGAUCAAAAUUACGACCAAAAGUAUUACAACAUGUACCAGUACCUGUUAUUGAAAAUAAUAUCUGUGAAAAUUGGCAUAAACAACGUGGUAUUAAUAUUAAAAUUUAUGAUGAAAUGAUGUGUGCUGGUUAUGAAACUGGUGGUAAAGAUGCUUGUCAGGGUGAUUCUGGUGGUCCAUUAAUGUUAAAUGAAUUUGGUGUUUGGUAUUUAAUAGGUAUUGUUUCAGCUGGUUAUUCUUGUGCCAAACAAUAUCAACCAGGUAUUUAUCAUCGUGUUAGUAGUUCAUCGGAUUGGGUUUCAGCAAACGUAUUUCCAUCAGCACAUUUUCGUGUACCAAGUUAAAAAU